AUGCGUGCCUUGCGCGAAUCACUCAACAUCCGUUCCCCUGGGAUCCAACCUUAUCCACCCCAGCUCACCGCUGACCUCCUCCCUUUUCUCCAGAACCGCACUGUGCUCCUCGUUGGUGAUUCCGUCACACGCAACACUGUGCAGCAAUUCUGCAAGCUUUUGGGAAAGGAAUCCGUGCAGAUCCACCGCGGGCACAAGUGGGACCUGUUCGACCAGAUCCCCCAGGAGUGGAUACCUGCCGAAUGGGCUGAACGCGAGAAGUGGGAGGACUGGCGAAGGGAUAACGAGAGUAAGAGCAGGCCGAGGCUAUGUUAUAUCCCAGAAUGGGACUUUGCGGUAGUCACCAUAUUCCAAUGGGGGAUGGACGAGACCGACUAUUGGCGCACGAAGGAUCAGUACAACCCCCCUGGAUCGGUCGAACAGCGCAUGCACGCCAUCGCCCAACCCCUCCUCGAGCGGCUCGCCUUGCCCGAAUCCGAAGGUGGACUCGCGCCGCAUGCCCGGUCUCCAAGGCCAGACCUUAUCGAACUCAGCAGCACCCUCUGGGACCUGGCAAAAUGGGCACGUGAUGACUUGGACGCCCAUGAGAUGACGAUCACUGACCUCUCUGCUGACCGGCUUGAGUGGUGGCGUCAGCGCGUUGCUGCUUUUGUCCGUGAAGCGAAGAGCAUCUGGCCGAACGUACCCCUCGUCUGGCGAUCAUCACACUGGCCUAGUGACGAGAAUGCGAAAAUCGACUGGUUUAUGGGGUGGAGCUGGAAUAACCCGGAGGUCCAUAGGCCAUUCUUCCAUCACAACCGCCUCCUUCAACUUGAUCAUGCCGCUCGCAGCCUCUUCCUUCCCCAGUCCUGGCAUUUGGGAAACCACAAGGCCUAUAAUGAGUGGACGAAGAACGCAGGAAAACUUGGUGUAGACGGUGUCAGCUACAGCAAUUGGGGCAAUCUUCUUUUGGGACAGCACGCGCACCAACAGGACCAGCUGCAUCCUGGUCCGCUUCCUGCUGCCUACCUCUGGGGCGACAUGAUAUUAUACCAACUCCGCCAAGCAACCGGAUUUCCAGCCAUAGAAUCUCGACUAACUCUCCCUCCUGCGGAUAAAUGA